UUACAGGUGGGGAUCUUGUAGGUCUCCGGCGGCGACAGCUGACCAAACGGGAGAGAGAGGCAGGUGAGUGUGCGUCACACAUUGUGCAGAGGUCAAUGGGGUCUGCUCACUGACCACGGCAGGGUAGGUGAUCGUGGUCCUAGACAUCUGGCGCAGGAACUGACGGGACAAAAGGAAGCACAUGCAUACAUUCGUCGUGUGACAAGUGUGCGUGUGCUUACUGGGGCCUUGCACACGUCGGGCAUCGUUGUGACCUUGACGAGCCGCGGAGCCAGACACUGAACACAGAACAGCGAGAGGGCGUGUGUGUAUGCACCACUCACCCACCCACCCAAUCAAUUGUGUUAACUAACGCUUAGUCCGCUCACCACUGGCGGAUACACGACGUAGCCAACUGUCCUUCUAAACACCCUCUGACACACAACAAGAAGGAAAUGCAUGCACACAUGCAUCCUGCGUGUGUGUGUGUGUGUGACCACUGACAGCCCGCUCACCACGUGGGCCGUGGGCUCGUGCAGCUGCGUCACCUUCUGGGCCACCUCAUGCGUCACCUGGCGGCAGCACAGGACACAUGUAUCCAUGAACAGGAAACACGCAUCCUCACGGGUAUGUACCUGGGUGCUACUUGUGUCGUGGACCACUGCCGACUUGACCAGUGCCGACUGGAUGAUGGCCUCGACGGCAGCCUUGGCGGUCUCAAUGGCAGAAGCUGCACACAGACAGAUCCAAGCACGAACAAAGAGGGCAUCGAUGCACUCGUAUGCACACUGUGGUCAUGCCUGCAUACCCUUCGCAGUGAUGCUUCAACCGCCGCCGCGACAACGGUCUUGGCCGUCUCGAUGGCCGCUGCACGCAGGAAAAGACAACAGAUCAACCCAUUACAUGUUGGAUGAAUGGAUGCACUGUAUAUAUGUGUAUGCAAUGCGCGACUCAGGCAUACCAGCACGAUAGACCGCCUCCAGUGCCUUCAGGAUCGCUAAGUCGACCAGCGCCUUGGCCUCUGCCAAGAAUGCAUCAACAGCAGGGAGGGAGGAACCACACGUAUGUAUGUAUCGAUGCAGCACCCUUUGCGGCUUCCUGCGUCUCAAUGCACACGUACGUACCAUGCUGGCGCUCUGUCUCCAGCUGGUGUUGGUCCUCAGUGUCGACAUGGCGGAACGACACCUGCUGCCGACACAUUGACUUACACAGGGAGCGAGAAGCAUGGAUGUGUGCAUGGGAUGUGACGCCACGAGCACCACCGCCACAAGUGCAUCGCAUACCUUUCCGACGACGUCCUGCUGGUGGUGGUGGUGGUGGUGGGUGGGGUCGAGUGACGCUGCAGACGACGCACACCAGCACACAGACAGAAAUGAGGUUGGUUGCCGCCAAGAGACGAGUGUGGGCCGUCGACGCACCUGGCUAGAGAAGGAGGUCUGGUGGUGGUUGAACGACUCGGCAGACCCCUGCAACGCAACGCACAGAGAGCAAGUCAGUCAAGGCACGUCAGCCAGCCGAUUGCCUCUCUUUGUCCCUCGUCGAUGCUCGCGUACCUGCGGGGCUAUCGUGCUGGCCUUGGACCCCUGAACACGCAGGAAUACACAGACCAGACACACGCAUACACAACACAAGGCAACAAGUGCCACGGGUGUGUGUGUUGGCUGCCUGCUCUCUUCUCUUGUUCUUACGCGUCUGCCGUCUGCGGGCUUCCUGUUGUCCUUGUUGGUGUCCGUCGAAGUGUUGUCCCUCUCAACCGCUGCUGCACACAAGGCCACAGCAGAUAUGUAGUGAGUCAGACAAUCUCAAGUAAGGUGUGUGUGUGUGCUUCCAAAGGCGUGGAUACCCGCGUCACUCUCGCUGGCGUCUGCGAUGGCCGCUGCUAUGGAAGCUGCACACAUUCCGACAGCAGGCAGAGACGACACAUCGGGUGAAUGUCUGUAUGUCUGUAAGUCUAUGUGUGUGUUCAUCAGAUCUUCCUUGCACACCGGUGUGGAUGCCUUGCAACCACAGGACGAAGCCGAGGAACCAUCGCACGGGGCCGCCGCUCGUCGCCUUCCUGAACUCGUCGAGCACCGUAGCCGCUGCAUACAUACAAUCCAACAGCAGACAGUGACAACCAGACACACGGCCUCAUCGAUCCACCACCCCCCUUGUAUUCAUGUGAUCAUGCACCAAGUGUACGUACCCUCUGUCGCCGUCAGGACGUCCUGCACAAAUCACACACGCAGAGACACCAGACAACACGCAAUGGACAGCCACUGGCAGAUCCAUCCCUUGAAAUGGACCCCUCGCCGCCCUCUCUGCCCAGCCUGCCAUUCUGCCUUCUCUCUGCCCCUCAACACGCCUCUCACGCCCGUGUGACCACCUGCAU